CAACAUGGCAGUUCACCACUGUGCAUGCGCAGAGUCCUGGCGUGUUCGCUAGACUUUAUUUUCAACAUCUUUUUUCCCCUUUGUCCCCUAAGACUAUCUUCGGUGCUUGUCUAGACAGUUUAUUCGAGCUAAUAAAUUAGUGGAAAAGGGUUAUUCCCGGAUUCCUUGAAGUAAAUCUGGAUAGAGACGCCAUUAUUUUGGAAAGUUCACUGUGAUGUUGCGGCGUGUUUGUUUAGUGGCAUUUCCAGGAGGCAGCGGCGCAGGAACGUCCAAGCCUGGCUAAACUAAGCUACGUCGAAGUGACGACGUCGUGUCUAACUUGGCAUUUGUUUGUUUGCUGGAUAGUUCUAAUAUCGCUUUGGAAGGCUUUUUGAUACCCUGAAAAUCCGUUUUAGUAUUCGUGUGGUGGCACUGGCGCAACCACUAGAAGAAUUUUGAGAACGUUGACCGAGAGAAGCUAACAGCUAGGCAACGGAACUGAGCCACAUCCACGCUAGCGCGGACUCAUAUUUUGGCAGCAGUCGGGGAACCGGCGAAGAAUCCAAUCGGAUUAGACAAUGUUGGCCCAUGAAGCUAUGAUUUAGUUGGGGCCACAUCUGCUCAAGUACAGGUUAUAACCCAGCUAGCGAGCCUAGCUAAAUCCACACGACCUCGGCCUGGUUUUUACGUCACCCGAGGCACACGCGGAUGAUUCAAGGCGGACUAGCUAAUGUUAGCCUAGCAACCCUGUGAUAGCCAAACCAGCGCGUAUUGAUUUCAGAGUCACCCGGUGGAGAACACCGGCCGACACCGAGCCAAUCUACGGCUUGAUUUGGACGUGGCCGGGCCUUGCGCUUGUGCACCGGCGGAAGAAUCUCGCUAACGGGUGACGAGCUCCUGCCACAUCCGCAACCAGCCCGGGCCACUUUUGACACAUGACAUCCACCAGCUAAGCGUUGCAACUCUCACGGUUGUUGUUUUCCGGAGCGAACAUGUCCACCAGCGGCUUCUCAGAUCUGCGCGACAAGCUCCGGUCGAUGCCGCCGCACCGGGAAGAGCGCCGGACGAGCAACGGCAGCAGCGGCGAGGUGGGCCGAAAGCGCCGUCGCCGCGAAUCCGACGACGACGAGUGCGAUCACAGCGACGACAGCGGCGAGCUCCGCGAGCAAGAGGCCGACCGAGUGCGGAGCAGCGUCCAGCAGAAGAGCAUCUUUACGCCGGAGGAAUGCGCGCGUAUCGAGGAGAAGAUCGACCAGGUGGUGGCCAAGGCUGAGGCCGGACUCUACCGCGAGCACACGGUGGACCGCGCGCCACUGCGCAACAAGUACUUCUUCGGCGAGGGCUACACGUACGGAGCGCAGCUGGAAAAGCGCGGUCCCGGCCAGGAGAGGCUCUACCGCAAGGGCCAGGUGGACGAAAUCCCCAGCUGGGUGCAUGAGCUGGUCAUCCAGCGGCUGGUGUCCGACGGCAUCAUCCCGGAGGGCUUCGUCAACAGCGCGGUCAUAAACGACUACCAGCCCGGCGGCUGUAUCGUGUCCCACGUGGACCCGCUGCACAUCUUCGCCAGGCCAAUCGUGUCCGUGUCCUUCUUCAGCGACAGCGCGCUUUGCUUCGGGUGCCGCUUCCAGUUCAAGCCCAUCCGGGUAUCCGAGCCCGUCUUCGUGCUGCCUGUCCGCAGGGGCAGCGUCACUGUCCUCAGUGGCUAUGCUGCUGAUGACAUCACACAUUGCAUCAGACCUCAAGACAUCAAGGAGAGGCGAGCGGUCAUCAUACUUAGAAAAACCAGGCCCGAUGCUCCCAGACUUGACUCCGACAGCCCUUUAAGGUCUGCUCCAGUGGAGAGGGCGCCCCCCCUCAAAGCUAAGCGCUCACAUCGCAAGGCCGACCCGGAUGCCGCUCACAGACCGCGAGUGCUGGAGAUGGACAAGGAAGAGAACCGGCGGCCGUCAUCUUUCGGCCAGCGGCGUCACAGCUCGUCAUCGGACGACUACAGAAAGCGUGAGGCGGACUACGACAAACACCGCGAGAGCUCCUCGCGCAAAGUCAAAAUGCGCCGCCACUGAUCCUCCUCGUCAGCUUUCUUUUUACGAGCGCGCUUGUACUUUCAGUUUGUCUUCUAGUUCAAGGCGUAACGAGGGGUGUGUUUGUGUUGUUCAAAAGAUGUACAUACCUUCAAAAGCUGCUUGUACAUAUGAGGGAAGUUGAGCUGUACAUGUUAUUACAUUUGUCAUUAGUCUUGAAGCAUUUUCUCAUAUUUGCGUACAUUUCUCACCUUUUUUUCCCUCUUUCUUGGCAUCUGUAAGUAUAGGAUGUUUGAAAACUUGGGCCUCCUUGCUUUAAGAGCGCAAGAGGCCAUGUUAUUGCUUUUUCUCUAUUAAAGCACAAUGUUCCUCA